AUGACUACAUUACCAUCUGACGUACCAAUCGCAUCGAUUCUUUCUACUAAUGAGAAAUCAAUACCUCAUUCAAAUACUGAUGAUACGGUAUCGAAGGCUAAUCUAUCAAAUGAUAUUGAACAGAGUAGUGAAAAACUCGUUAAUAGUCGUCCACUCGAAGAUAAUCUACGUCAAUUAGAUAUUAAUGAUAUAGAUAAUGAGCAGUUGCAUUCGGUUCCGUUAUCAUCUGAUAAUGACCGACAAUCAACGUUACAAAAUGAACAAUCAGUUGAAUCUCAACCAUCCAUUUUAUCGGAUCAGAUAAAUGUCUCUGAGCCAGUUUUAUCUAAACCAUCGACAUCCGAUGGCAACACCACUGUCUCAUACGGAGUUGAUUGGAGCGAUCAUGCUCAUUCUACAUCCCACUGUUGGUUUCCAUUAACACCCGAUGACGUAGCGACUAUUCAGUCAUGUACCUACGCUGCUUGUACAAAUCCGAAAUCAAUAUAUGAGUCGACACUUCUACGCUGUGCAUCAUGUGCUCUUAUCAUACAUUCACAUCAUUUAGAUGAUUUACAGGCAACUAAAGCUGAUUUUCUUCCGCAUUGUCGACCGUCAUUUGUUGAUGAAAAUGAUGAUUCAUUGAAAUAUGAUCAACAUUUUUGGUCCGAUGUGUCUAUACUUCCAAAACCAUGCUUACAAUGUCAACGUGCAUCAGUAGCUACGACUCUAUUUGGUAGUGAUGAUAGUCCACUUUCGUCUCUAUCUGCUUUGAAUAUUCCCGGCCAGCUGACAUCGUUUAUGAAUUCUGUACCAGGAAAACUCAUUCCACGAAUGUGGGAAUCUUCUAAUGGUCUCGUUUGUUUAUGGUGUUCUGCAGGUUAUCAUCGAUCGUGUUGGGAAUAUCUAUCUGCUCAAGAAGACAAAAUACAAUGUGACUAUGGAAUAUUUCGAAAUAUAAUUGUUAGACCACAGUGGCUCACUCGGUCUAACGAAUCUUCAACAGGUUUUCGAGCUCGAUUGCCUUCGGAUUUGAUCAAUAAAAGUUCCGAAUCGAACUCAUUUCCAUUUACACCUGUUAUUGUCUUUAUUAAUAAACGUUCUGGUGGACAAGUUGGCGAGAAACUAUAUCGAAAACUUUUAGGAAAACUUAAUCCACGUCAAGUAUUUCUUCUAGAAAACAACGAUACUAUUAAUAAUGCUCUCGACAUCUACUCUUCCCUGCCAAAUACUCGUAUUUGUGUUUUUGGUGGUGAUGGUACUGUCGGUUGGGUUCUUAGCCGUCUAGCUGACAUUUAUCCAUCGAGUAAUCAGCCACCAGUAAGCAUUUUUCCUCUUGGAACAGGCAAUGAUCUUUCACGUGUAUUAGGCUGGGGUGAAGAAUACGAUUCAAAACGUCUUUAUAAUACGCUCUUAAAAGUUCCUGAUGCUCAGACAGCUGUACUCGAUCGUUGGCAAGUUCAGCUCGAAGAAUUUGAUGUAUCUACAUUGAUUUCGACCGAACCAAAAUCGUCCGAAAAUAAUUUUGAUAUCAGAAAAAAAAUUGAAACAUUAUUCAAGCAACCACCAACAUUCGUUCGUGAAACUACUCGAGAUGCUUAUCAAAACAAUAACAAAUUACCAAACACACGCUUUAUCAAUUAUAUGAGUUUCGGCUUAGAUGCCGCUAUUACUCUAGAUUUUCAUCAUGAACGUACACUGAAUCCAGCCAAGUUUUCAUCACCAUUGAAUAAUAAACUUAUGUAUUUAAACGAGAGUUGCAAAUAUAUAGAAGAUUUCGCUCGAGCAGAUAUGUGGAAUCUAGGUUCCUAUAUACAUUUGACAUGCGAUGGUUGUGAUCUGACUGAUGCCAUACGUGAUUGUCAUACGCUUGUUAUACUUAAUAUUCCAGGUUAUGCAUCCGGAACAAAUCCAUGGGGAAAAUCGUCAUCUACAAGUUUACUUUCUUGCUUCGAAGUCUCGACUGAUCUUUUCGAUCGACAAGAUUUUGGUGAUCGAAAAAUCGAAGUUGUUGGAUUGACUACUAAACAUAUGGCUGCAAUACAUGUUGGCUUUCGUGGUAUUCGAAUCGCUCAAUGUAAUCAAUUACGUGUCGAACUUUGCUGUCCAAUGACUGCACAAAUGGAUGGUGAACCAUUCUAUCUUCCGAAACCAGUAGCUGUUAAUAUCAGCCAUGCUGGGCAAGUACUUGUGUUAAAUAAUGAGAACAAAUAA